UCAAAAUCAAAAUCAAAAUCAAUACUCAGCGGCGGUUUAGAGUCGCCGCGUCUUGUCAGCGGCGGUUUAGACUGAAAGAGGAUUUAAACUUGGUGAAAAAGCAGCAGCCACCACUGCUAUUCGGAUUCCUGCCUCUCUUCUCCGCCCUCAACCGCCUGUAAUCACGCAGUGAUGGUGUCGCAGCACGGUAUUUUACUCGCUGCCCAUGUCAUCUCCUCCUUCUACGGUGAUUUGUGCUCUAAAGUAUGCGAGUGUUUGCUCCGCAAAGGAACCCUAAAGCUAGAUGAAAUUGGCAAGGCCACACAGCUCUCUAGAGAAAAUGUUUUCAAUUGUUUACGGGUUUUGAUACACCAAAACUGCGUUCAAGCCUUCCAACUAGAGCAAGAAGGUGUUACGGCACAGAAAUCCACCCACUAUAUGGUGUUAUUCGACAACAUUAUGCAUAAAUUAAGGGCCCCAAAAUUUAUGCAAAUUGUAUCAGAGGAGCUUGGUGAAGAUGUGAGUUCUUUUUUCAUGUGUCGAGGAAUACUUCUUGGGUUGAUUCAACACGGGAGGCUUUCCUUUGAUCAAAUUAUUGAUAGAGAAAAACAGAAAACAGGUAGUUCUGACAAUCAGGUUGUGCAUGAUAGCUUCAGGAGACUUUUGAGUGCCCGGUUUAUAGAGCGCUGCCCUUUGCCUGGGCCACUCCUUACUCCACCUACUGAUGAGGCUCCUGCCAAGAAGCGAGGUGCCAAGUCAGGAGAGAUCACAGAAAGGAAGACCAUAGAGCAGCUUGCUUUGGAAGCUGCUGCUUUAUCGGAAUCGAUACGAUUUUCAAUGGACACGGGUGAUAUUUCUGAGGAGAAGGGCGAGGAAAGUACUAAUAUCCCAAAAGUGGGCCAGAAGCGCAAGAAUAUUGUUAUGGACUCUGAUGACGAAUUAGCGGAUGUAAAUAGAAAGAUAGAAGUCCUUUGGCGUGUUAAUUUUGAAGAAUUUCUGUGGCGCCUGAUACAUAAGGCUUGUAUUUCACAUGUGAAAACAAGUAUUAACAAUGAAGCAAGCAUUGUGUUGAGUGCAGCUUUGGAUUUAAUUGGACAAUCAGAGACUCGAAUGAAUGCUGAAAACUCUCCCGAUCUGUCUAUAAACGAUAUAUAUGAAGAAGUGAUUAAAAAAGAUGGUGGUGUUGGCAUGGAUCUUGACCGUGUCCAAACUUCACUCGAACAACUUGGUUGUGAAACCCUUGCAACUGAUAUGGAAAGCUAUAGCAUUGAUAUAAAGAGCUUCAUUCAAAUGGCUCAAAAUCAAGAAGUGGAGUCAAUGAUUUUGAAAAGGUAUGGGAAGGAAGCCUACAAGAUAUUUAGGCUACUGUCAAGGGCUGGUCGCCUCGUUGAGACGGACAAGAUUUCAGAUAUUACAUUUGUUGAGAAGAAAGAGACCACCAAGAUACUCUUCCAACUCUGGAAAGAUGGAUAUUUACACAUGGAGAGUAUGACUGCGGCUAGGCCACCAUCAUUUCAUCUGUGGAAAGUGGAUCAGAAACGUUUCCGGGAAAAAUUUCUUGAUGAAAUGUACCAUGCUGUUCUAAAUUUGAAACUUAGAAUUGCACACGAGCAAGACCAGAGAAAAGAGGUUCUUCAAAUACCUAAGGAUAAGCUUGUUGGGGAACUGAGGAAUAAAGUUAUGGUGUACAAAAUAGUCAGGGCUACCUUGGAGCGUUCGUUGAUGGAUCUAGAUGAUGCAGUGGUGCUGUUUCAUCAUUUCUGAGGGUUCGAGAUUCCCUUCAAUUAGAUUUUCAGUGAUAACUGUCUGCUUUUCUCAGGCUCUCGAUGAAUUAGACAGAAAGAUGAAGCAAUAAGAGGGCAGCAAAGGAGGUGCCCUGGUGAAAAUAUAUGUUCAUUUUUUAUUACUUCUAUCAUUUUGUAGUGCUUUCAAUUCUAGAUAUACAUCAGUUUCUGUGUUGACGUUAUUAGUUUUCGGGGUAGGAUAUUGAUAAGACAAUCUUACGCAGGUUUGUUGAUGCUAGUGUUCAUAUUAAUUUAGGAUAUCAUCUCGUUUUACAAUGCUAA